GUGUAUGAAGUGCAGUGUUUCGUGGGUUUAAAUUGAAAAGUAUUAUCAGUGGAAUUGUACUGUAUAGGGAAAUGGAGUGGAACCAAUCGUUUGAAAGCUUUCCAUCGAACAACUUCAAUUAUUGAUCUAUCAUUCAAAAGACAAUAAUAUUAAUUAUUCCAUAAAUAAGUCAGUUUAUUUGGUAUACAUUGUAAUUACUGACAAAAAUAUAUAAAUAUAAAUUCGUACGUUGUGAAAAACUUGUUUCAGUGUACUUUGUAAAGUUGAUUAAAUUAGUUUUUAAAGUUGAUGUCUUUAAAUAAAUUAGUAAAAGAACUGAGUGAAAAGGAUGUUCCUGAAGCUGGGGGCAAAUCGGCCUCAGCCUCAGCCUUCAGCAGCAGACAUGGCCGAUUACUAUCAGCAGUUGCUGAGUCAGAUGAGGAACCGGUCAGAGGCGCUGAGGCAAUCUGGGCUGAGCCACGAGGGGCUACAGGCACUCUUCAACUUUACCGAGGCCGACCUUGAGUUUCUGUUUAACACGAGCCGAGACCCUGAACCGGUGGUACCGGCCUACUGCGAGGGCACUCUUAGAGAGGUGGCUGCAGGUUACCGCCAAAUCCACAGAUAUGCGAGUCUUCUAGUCUGCGUGUUCGGGACCAUCGCUAACCUGCUGAACAUUAUCUUACUGACGCGCAAGAAGCUGGCGGGCACACUCUGA